CCCAUCCCGAGCUCCCCCCCAGACCAAACGGGACCUACAGCUCCUCCCGCAGCAGCUCCUCCUGCAGCUCCUCCUCCACUCCUCCUCCACUCCUCUCUCUCUCAGCUUUCUUGAACGCUGCCGUGUGUUGCCGUCGGGGCCGCUAAAGUUGCAGCCGGACACAAUGAGCAAUCACGUCAGAGAUAUACCUGGUAGUCCGAAAGAGAGCUACAAGAUGUUGUAUAGCUAUUUGUACAUGUUAGAGCAAGUGAAUCCGGGGACAAAAACAUGUUUGAAAUUGGAUGAUAGAAGUAAAUUAGAGUACCUUUUCAUAACUUUGGGAGCUUGCAUUGAAGGGUUUGCAGUUAUGAGGAAGGUGAUAGCUGUGGAGGGGAUACGUCUGAAGAACGGUGGUGUUUUAGUUUUCGCGAAAGCUCAGGAUCCUAAUAGUCAGAGUUAUCCACUUGCGUUUGCAGUAGUAGAUGGUGAGAAUCUUGCUAGUUGGACUUGGUUUUUCGAGAUGCUUAAAAGUGUUAUACCAGACUCUUCUGAACUGGUUUUCAUUAGUACUCUUCAUCAGAGCUUGAUCUUCGUCAUAGGAAACGUGUUUCCACAGGCUCACUAUGGUCAUUGUUUAUGGCAUUUGAAAGAAAAGGUGAAAUUGCAUGCUUGUAACGUCAACAAGAAUAUAGUCGGGCAAAAACUUAUGGAGUUGGGCAGAUAUUACACGGUUGAUGACUUCAAUUCUGCUUACGACUCAUUUAAGAUAAGAUGUCCAGCUGCGUACAAGUAUGUGGAGGAAUGUGGUAUUGAAAAGGACAAAUGGGCAAGGGUUUUUUUCCCACGUGAUAGGUACAACUUGGAUACAAGCAACACUCUGGGAUCAAUGAAGAACGUGUUUAAAGAGGCAACAAGGUGGGCCUUAAUACCAAUGGUGGAUUGUAUCAUUAGGAAAUUCUCUGAUUGGUUCACUCAACGGAAGGAAGGAUGUUGUUUCUAGAUCAAUGAAUACAAGACUGGUGCCUCGGGUUGAGAACUACUUGCACGAUCUAUGGGCUGUUGCACAUAAGUUACCUGUGCGGGAACUUGAUAGUUACGAGCUUAAGUACGAGAUCACUGACACUGCAGGAAAGGUGUUUUGGGCGACCUUGGUUGGAAAAACUUGUACUUGCAAGGUGUGGGACUAUGAAAAGUUCCCUUGUCUGCAUGGACUGGCAGCUUAUAUCUAUUUCGCUAGGAAUGUUGAUGGCAGGCGCCUUGAUAUCCAUGAGUUGUGCUCAAAAUACUACUGGACGGAAAUGUGGCAUUUGGCGUAUUCCAGAACACUUAAUGUUGUGCCCGACAUGGCUUCUUGGAAUGUACCAGAUCAGAUCAAGGAGGUGAAGAUCAUACCUCCAUAUCGCAUCAAGCGGCAAGGAAGGAAAAGAGUUUAAAUUUGGAUGAAUUUGGAGUAAUGCAUAUUUCGAGUAAUGCAUUUGGGUACUUGAUUUUGUGUUGUAAGCUCUGAACUUUGUUUCAUUUCGUGUUGUAUCGUGUUGUAUGACUUGGAAAACUGCGUAAAACUUGAAAUCUACUUUGUUUUGUAAUGACAUUAGUAUUAUCUAUAUCAAAACUCGAAUCUCAUAGUUUUUUCUCUAUCAAAACCUGAAUAUCAUAGUUUUAUAUUUGUUUUCGCAACUCUAACAUAUAUUUAUAAUAAAACUCGGUUAUCAAUUUCUGAAAUUUAGGAAAAAAACUCUCAUGUAUCCCUUACGAGACCUUGCAAUUCCAAUAACACUUUGUUGGCCAAAGACAUCUUACAAACGAAACUUUCGAGUUAUAUCUAUUCGCUAAAUAUAAUUGCACGGAACUAUAUAUAUAACAAUUUAAACUAGUAAUAUUGAAGGUAAAACUAGAUAACCAAUUUAAAUAGAUUAGUAACACUAAAUAAAUUAGAAAGCGACAAAAAUAUAACUAUGACCAAAGUUGGGAAUACUAGUAUCUUGGGUAUAACUAUGAACAAAUUUUUUUUGGGCAAUUAUCUCAUUUUAAUAUUAAAAUCGUCUAAAUUAUCUCAACCACACAAAUUUACUCCCCUUCCAAAGCCUUUCAAGUACUUUCAGUUUGACUUUUUAUCCCUUUUUCAUCUCUCCCUCUCUCUCUCUCUCUCUCUCUAUUCUCCCCAUUUCCUCUCCCUCCCCUCUCUCGUGUCUCUCGUCUCUCUUCUCUAUUUUGAGAAUCGAAUUCUCUUCCCCCCUCGCCGAGCAAGUGAGAUGGAAAAAGUGAAGAUGGAAGUGGGUUCGGGUUCGGGUUCGUCUUUAUCGCAAAGGAGCCGCCGCCGAUUUUCUUGUCUGAGGUUGUGUCACUGUGGCUUGCCGGCGAAAAUAAGGCAAGCUUGGACUGAGAAAAAUCCUGGUCGACACUUUUAUGGCUGUCCGCGUUUUAAGGUAUGAAUAUAUGAUGGAAUCUGGAUAUAAUGGAAUCUGAAUUUGAAUUGGGUUUGAAUUUUGACCUUAUUGCAGCUUGGAAAUGAAUGCAAUUACUUCUCUUGGUUCGAUGAAGAGGUUGGUACAGAAUGGCAAAGGAGAGCAUUGCUUCAAGCCCGUGAUGAAAUCCAGGAGAAGGAUAAAGUGAUUGAGCAAUUACAGAAGACCA